CAGGCUAGCGCGCCAACUUAGUUUAGCAAACAAAGGGGAACACAGAAAACACGACUUCUGCUGCUAGCUACAAAACACAGCUUUAAAAACUCUUCUAAACGUCCUUCCUCUAAAGCACAGGGUUGUCAGGAUGGGUUUGCUCGAACGCUGCGACGAGUUCUUCAAGACCUCAAACCUGUACGAGGUGCUGGGUAUCAACAAGGAGGCGACAGAGGCAGAGAUCCGCAGGGGCUACUACAAAGUGUCACUCACCGUGCAUCCAGACCGGGCUCCUGAAGACCCGCUGGCCACGGAGAAAUUUCAGGUGUUAGGAAAGCUGUAUGCAGUGCUGAGCGAUAAAGAGCAGAGGGAGGUUUAUGAUGAGCAGGGAGUGGUGGAUGAAGAGUCUGACGUCCUGAGUCAAGACCGUAGCUGGGAAGACUACUGGAGGCUGCUUUUCCCCAAGAUUACUAUGCAAGACAUCCUUGAAUUUGAGAAGAAAUACAAGGGCACUGACGAGGAGCGGGAGGAUUUGCUCAAGCUGUAUGUGAAGUACAAGGGAGAUAUGGACGCCAUCACGGUCUCGGCCCUGUGCUGCUCCCAGGAAAAUGAACCCAGGCUCUGCGGCAUCAUCCAGGAUGCCAUUAAAAACGGAGAAGUCGAAGCAUUCCCAGCUUUCACUAAGGAGAAUGACAAGAAGAAGAGGGCUCGCAGGAAGAGGGCUGACAGGGAACGACAAGAAGCAGAAGAAAUGCAGAAAGAGAUGGGGCUGGGCGAUGAGGAUGACAGUCUUGUGAUGAUGCUCCAGCAAAGGCAAAAGUCCAGAGAGCAGUCCUUUAACAGUCUCCUGUCUGAUCUGGAAGCAAAAUACGCCAAACCAAGUGGAAAAUCCCAAAAAUCAAAAAGAGGAAAAAAGUGAAAAUUGUACAAGCUCUACAGCAGAUAAAACGUGUAGGUGUUAUAACACCUUUUUCAAAAUAAGAGCAUUCAAGUACACGUAUGAGCUGCUGGCUAACGUUCUGUGUUCCUCCUCAUAAAUCUGUUUAUGUUCAGUGUUUGAAUAUUUAGUAACUUCUUGUGUGACGCUAAUGUAAAUGUAUGGU